AUGUCUAAGGACAACAAGCCUGAAACCGCCAUGGCUAAAAAAAAGAUUCCAACUGUUGUGUAUAAACGCAAGGCGUCAACAGGCAAUCACUAUGCUAUGGACUUGCCUCUACACCACUGUAAUAUCCUCAAAAUGAGGGAACCCAAGUUACCCACUGUGCAUCCAGAGUCUAUCUACAACCACUUACCAAAGCCAGUGGUUGAUGAUAUUACAGAAAAACCGAAGAGAUAUGUCUCCAAGUUUCGCCCAACAGUCCUCAAAGAGAACAAAGCCAACAAGAUGGCAAUGCGAACGAUGGGACCAGUAAAAGUGGAGGUGCCCCAUGUCAAAUUCCUCAGGAAGCCCACAAAUACUCCCCAAACACACAAGAAGGUUCCUCAGGUCUCCAGAGUGAAGAAACCAGGCGUUCCCCUGCAAGCAGAGCGCACGCCUAGAGAAGCGAGACCAAAGAGGGACUUUUUAAAAACGAGGGACAGUCUGAACACGGUGAAGCCUGAGCCAGCCUAUGUGGACAUCAAGGGACACAGGGAGAUACUUAAAACGUCUGGGUUUGUCCCCGUCUACAGCAGUAAAAAGGAGUAUGGGAAAGUUCCUAAGUACUUACUGAAGCGCUACAAGGAAAAUCUGCUGAAGGCUGAGGAGCAGCAUUCCCUGUUGAAAGAAAGGAUCGAUAAGGAGACCAGGAAGCAGAUGUCAGACGCAGAGAGAAAGUCCAUCCUGCAGGGCCUGAGGAAGAUCUGGAAUAAGGCGAACACGGAUUAUCAGUUGUUGCCGCUCGUCAUGGUCACCCAUUCAAUGCUUGCCAGGAAAGAGCGACUGGAGGAAGAGAUGACCCAUCUGGAGACAGCCAUCGCCAUGUUCCAGGAUCAAUCCAAUCCAGUCUUCCUCCCACAUGAUGAUGAUUGA